UCAAACAAGUUUGAAUAAAAUUUCAUUUUAUAGAACUUAGCCGUAAAAUUAAUAAGGAGAUGAGCCGCUGCUGCUGCUGCCAGGCCCAGAAGGACGACUGCCAUAAGUGCAGAUCUGCGCCGCAGGCUGUCAGCUGCUUUAACCAGCGAGUCAAUCAGUAUCCGGUCAGCGAUGCACUGGCUCCAUAUCCGGAUGAGAUCAUUAUGACGAUACUGGAUCGUAUACUCUACUUCUUUGGCGCUACCAACGUCUGCCAUCAGCCGGAACCGGAACAGACUGCCAUGCGCUUAGGCAAUUCUCCAUGUAAUCCGCCUUCGUCUGUCUGCGGCAAGAGCAGCUGCUCUUCGGUCACCUGCAACAUGGGCCUAAUGUCCAAGGCCAGCACCACCAGCAGCUUAAGCAAAUUUGCCACAGCCAAGUCGAUGGGCAACAGCACCUUAUGCAGCCCGAAGUCUAAGGGCUCCGUUUGCCAACCCGCUUGCUGUUGGUCUGGUCCACGCAAGCCGCACGUCGACUUUGCUCAUCCCGUUUACGAUAAUCAUCAGCGGGCUGACGACUCCAACACCCUAUCGGAACGCAUGAAGGUGUCGCUCUCGCAGGCCUCUAUCGCAUGCCGUCGACUCAAGUCCAAGCUGUCCACCAAUUUGCAGCACCUGGGCAAGAAGUGUCUCUGCACGCGUCUGGUACGCUCCGAGAACGGCUGUCAAAUCUAUGAGGUGUACAAGAACUCGGGCAAGGAGACGACCUGCUGCGAGGCACCGGUCAUACUCUUUCUGGUUACGCCCAACGGACAGGUCAUGACUUUCGAGUCCCUGUCGACGUAUUAAAAAUGUAUUUUUAAAUCAGAUACUACAAAAUUCUGUAUGACAAAUAAAC